ACUACGCAUGCGUGAUAUGGAUCAUGGUGUAUGAUUUGAAAUACAGAGAGAAACUUCACAUUGGAACGGGGUCUUCCAGCUCGUACUGUACUACCAGAAACGGGACGUUUGUUAAGUAUGCCAGCGAUACUCAUGAACAUAUGGAGAGGUGUAAGGAAUGGAAACGUCCCAGAGUAGAGGACAGUAUGAAUAAUAUUAAUGAGCGAUCAGAAGUAGAAAUGGAUGAUUCUGGCAAAAAGAAAAAGAACAAACUCCAUAAAAAAGUUAAGAAAGAAAAAAAGAAGAAAAAAAAGAAGCUGAAACAUGAAAGAAAUGAAGACUCCUCUGACAGCUCCAGGAAUUCAGAGGCUGAAUGGGUUGAAGCAACAGUCUCACAGCCAUCUAGUACUGAGAAGGCCCGGAAAAUUGAGGACUCUAUAGAAGAGCAAGAUGUUAAAAGAGAUGAGUGGAUGACCUUAGACUUCAUGUCUUUGAAAGCUACAUCUGUUACGACAUUAAGAGCCGAAAAACAGAAAGAAAAAAAACUGGAGCAUGAAAAGGCUCAAGCGGUAGAAAAGGAAAAGUUACAAGCCAGGGAACUUAACCCAUACUGGAAAGAUGGUGGUUCAGGUCUCCCACCAGAGGAGGGUGGUGUAACAUCACAUAAAAAAGUUUUACCCGUUGAAGAUGGUGGCUUGAGUUGGUUAAGGAAAGCAUAUCAGAGAAUGAAAGAACAAUCUGAAAGAGAGAACCGAAACCUUGAGAACAUUGUAGCAGAAAGAUAUGGGUCAAUGGAAAUUUUUCAAAAGAAAAUGGAGGAAGCAGAAAAAAUAGCAGCCCUGCAUUGUAAUAUCAAGUUUGAUGAUAGGAGAGAGAAAUGGAGAAAAUCAAAAUAUUCUGAAAGUGAAUCAAGAACUGCAAACCGACCAUUCGAUGAAAGAACCAGAGAUCGUUAUACGGAUUAUGCCAGGCAUAAAAAAUUAGACAACACUGAAGACCAAGAAAUAAAAGCAAGUAAACCUAGAGAAGGAGAAAGAAUAUCUAACACAAGCAGUACAUCUUCUGAAUAUAGGAGUUACACUGCAAGACCUUCUGGAGAUAGUGAUAGUCGCAAGCAAAGUCAAGAUAAAAGUUCAUCAUUCAAGCAAAAGACUAAGUUUUUGAAACCUACUGAUGAUGAUGGAUCCUCUGUUUCUAGAUCAAAAGCAAAUACUUUCCAACAAGCUCCUUUAAAAUACAGUUCUCAAACACAUACCAGUGUUAAAACUGACGCUUCAUGGAGGAAGAAAGCAAUGGACGAAUGUGGGGUAGAAAUCCACCAAUCAAAAGCUGAAGAUGAACCAAUCAAUAUAAAAACAGAAUCAGAUGAAAAAUGUUCAGAUAAUUCCUCUAGUCACGAGCUGUCACGUCAAGUAGGGAAGCAGUUAUCACCAAGGUCUGACACACAAACUAAUAUAGUUCAAAUACUUACUGAGGAGGACCUGAACAAGCUGGGAGCUAAGAUUGUGAAGGCAGAGUUAUUGGGUAACAUGGAUUUGGCAACCAAACUGAAAGCUCAGCUUGAAGAAGCACGAAAGCAGAAGGAAAGUCAAGCUGAGACAUCAUCUUCUGUAAGAGACAGAAAAACAAAUAUCCAGGAGUCACACUUGAAAGAAGACCAAGAAGUACUUCUUGUCAGAACAGAUCAGUCAGGACGGUCAUGGCCAGUGAAUGCUACGUCAGAUACGCUGGAGCAGAGAGGUGGCAGGAGGAAGAGACAGAUGGCUACUACACAUGUUGAUAAAGAACGGGUGAGGUACUUUCAUGAUGACGAUAACCAGAGCCUUCAAGAUCUAGUAAGAAGAGAAAAGAUGGCAACAUCUGAGGACCAAAACAAAUUGUUUCUUCGAAUGGCAGCCAAGUGCACAGAAAAAACUGAUCAGGAUUAUUAUACUCUGGACGACAUGUUUGUUUCCAAAGCUGCAAAGAAAGAGGGAGAAGAGGAGGAAGAAGAAAGAGAAAGGAGACAAGCUAUAGCUGAGCAUAGGAAACUUGCUAACCGGAUGGAAAACUGCCCAUACUGCUUUGAUAACAAAGAUCUUCCAAAACACCUAGUCAUUUCCAUUGGUGUAAAAGUAUAUCUGUCUCUUCCCAACUAUGUUUCCCUUACGGAUGGGCACUGUCUGAUUGUUCCACUGCAACACUAUACUGCAGCUACUUUAUUAGAUGAAGAUAUAUGGAAUGAAAUACAGAUGUUCAGGAAAGCACUGGUUAAGAUGUUUGAAGCUAGAGAUCUUGAUUGUGUCUUCAUUGAGUCAAACAUAAUUGUCAAAAAGCGUUUUCAUUUGGUCUACGAGUGCAUACCUUUGCCAAAGGAAGCAGGUGACAUGGCGCCAAUAUAUUUCAAGAAAGCCAUAAUGGAAUCAGAUGAGGAAUGGUCAAUGAAUAAGAAGUUAAUAGAUCUUUCUACUAAGGACAUUCGAAGAUCAGUUCCAAAAGGUUUACCAUAUUUUUCUGUGGACUUUGGACUUCAGGGAGGGUUUGCACAUGUCAUUGAAAACCAUCAUAAAUUCCCACACUAUUUUGGCAAGGAAAUCAUUGGUGGAAUGCUGGACCUGGAGCCAAGACUUUGGAGAAAAGCAGUUCGUGAAAAUUUUGAUGAUCAAAGGAAGAAAGUCUUACAAUUUGCCCAGUGGUGGAAACCAUAUGAUUUCACUAAAAACAAAGAAUAGUAGUGUUACCGCUAUGGAAAAUUAAAAACAAAUGUGGUUAAAUAUAUAUCUUAGAACUCUCUGUACCUAAGAUGCAGUUGUUUUUAGCAUUGAGGAAAAAUCUGUCUAUAUAGAGCAUGAUAUAAAAAAAAGACAAAACAAUAGAAGUCUGAUUGCUUUGUAAGCUUUUUGAACAAGGUAAAGUGUUAAUAUAAAAGAAAAAAAUAAAAGCACUAUAACUUCAUAAAAGAAACUUACAAAAUCAAAACAUUAGUGUCCAACAUGAAAAUGAGUAGUGCUCAAAUCUAAUGAUUUCUUUCUAAUGACACAGUGAGUCCAUGGAUCAUCAUCAUGGCCAGCAGGAGGAGGCAAAGAGCACCACAGCAAAGCUGUUAAAUAUCACUCCCCUACCCACAAUCCCCCAGUCAUUCUCGUUGCCUGUAGUGCAAGGAGGAGGUGAAGUUUAGGUGUUUGAUGAGAAGUUUUCUUCAAUCAAUAUUUUUUUUUUUAGCAGAGUAAGCUUACUCUGUUCUUUUCUGGGGUCUAGCCUAGUCUACAUCAGUCUCUUCAGUAGGGCAGUGGUGGCUUUUGAGCACUUGAGAACUUGUGAGGUACAAUCCUCAUUGCUUUUUCUCAAUAAUCUGCUGCCCUAACUAGAAAACCUGAGUAGGUUUACUCAGUUUUCUCUCUUCACAGGUCCAAGUGAGGUGCUGCACCCUCUCAAACCAGGUAAGCUGUCCUGCUGCCAGGAAAGCACUUUCAGGUAAGUGCCAUUUUAAUUUUCUUUUGCAAGGAGAUUGCUGGCACUUGUUACAGCUAAAAGCUGUCUUAUUUAAUAUGGGAUUUUAUUAAACCUUCAUGUUUGGGGUCUCUUUUAGGCAGUUUGGGCACUAAGACUGUGAGGUAAUUUAUGGUGGCUCAGUGUGUUAUAGUAGUUUUUAUACUUUAACUUUUGGUCAUGGAGAUAACUGUUGUAAGCCGUUUUUUUCGGCAGUUAGGGCUCUGUAACUGCUCUAUAUUUGAAAAUGAGCUGCAGGACAGGUAGGCACCUCAGUAAAGCUACUGAGGUGUAUAGGUAGCCAGAGGUCUAUUUGGUUUGUUGCGCUAAAACAUAUUUCUAUUUAAAGACACAGUACACAUUUAUUUUUCAUUUUCAAAUACAGAAUUUUUACACUUUAUCCUUAUUUAUUACAUAAGAUGGAUCAAGAGGCUUUUCAAACCAUUAUCCCAGGCUUGCUGCUUGUCAGUUAUGUUUUGAUGCUCAGGUGGAACCCCCAGUUCCUUUUUGCUCCUCGUGCAUUAAGAGAACUUUAAGUUAUAGAGAUAAAAUAUUUGACCAUGAGCCACCAUUAUCCCAGGCAAAUGCUUUUCACGUGUUUCCUGUUGCAGAUAUGCCACAGCUUUCUCCUCAAGCGUCCCAACUUUUUCAGUCUCCACAUACAGUGCCCUGUGUUUCCUCUUGCAAUCCUGUAGGAUUUUCUCUACAAGACAUUGCUUGCCAGGUAUUCCUUGUGGUUUCUAAGGCCUUGUCAGCUUUCCCCAUGUUGCUUGGAAGACGUAAAAGGAAAUUUAAGGAAACAGUAAGGUUUGUGAUCAAGUUCUGGCUAUCCAGAGUGUCUCUUCCCAUAAGCCUGAGGAAGAAGACAUGUCGGUCGAAUCUGAGGGGGAAAUCUCAGACUCAGACAGUGUAAUUCCUUCUUCUGAUGCUGAAGUGGUAUCCUUCAAAUUUAAGCUAGAACACCUUCACUUAUUACUUAAGGAGGUUUUGGCUACUUUGGACGACUCCGACACAACUAUCGUAGUCAAUCCUAAAAAGUCUAGUAAAUUGAACAAAUACUUUAAUGUUCCCUCCUUGGUGGAGGUUUUUCCGGUUCCUGACCGUGCUGCGGAGAUUAUUGCUCGAGAAUGGGAAAGACCUGGUGUUCCCUUUUCUACAUCUCCUAUUUUUAAGAAAAUGUUUCCUAUAGCGGAUUCUAUUAAGGAGUCGUGCCAGGCGGUUCCUAAGGUAGAAGGAGCGAUCUCCACUUUGGCCAAGAGGACUACUAUUCCCAUAGAGGAUAGUUGUUCUUUUAAAGAUCCAAUGGAUAAAAAAAUUGGAGGCUUUACUAAAAAAGAUGUAUGUCCACCAGGGUCUACAAUGGCAACCUGCGGUGUGUAUCGCCACUGUUACCAGAGCUGCAGCUUACUGGUUUGAUGCGUUGUCUCAAUCUCUUCAGACAGAUACCCCUCUUGAUGAGAUCCAGGACAGGAUUAAGGCUCUCAGGUUAGCAAAUUCCUUCAUUACAGAUGCUUCCUUACAGGUUAUUAAACUGGGAGCCAAAAUUUCUGGUUUUGCGGUCCUAGCCUGCAGGGCCUUGUGGUUGAAGUCCUGGUCUGUGGAUGUUUCAUCUAAAUCUAAGCUCAUGGCUAUUCCUUACAAGGGUAAGGCCUUGUUUGGACCUGGUUUGGUGGAAAUUAUCUCAGAUGUUUCUGGAGGGAAGGGUUCUUUUCUUCCUCAAGAUAAAAAGAAUAAGCAGAAGGGACGUCGGAGUAAUUUUCGUUCCUUUCAUAACUUUAAAGGCAAGUAUUUCUCCCCUUCCUCCAAGCAAGAUCAAGCCAAGCCUUCCCGGAAGCCCAACCAGUCCUGGAAUAAGCGAAAGCAAUCUAAAAAGCCUUCAGCUGAUGCCAAGUCAGCAUGAAGGGAGGCCUCCAAUCCAGGAGCAGAUCUUGUAGGGGACAGACUCUCUCUUUUUUCCCAGGCUUGGAUAAGAGAUGUACCAGAUCCCUGGGCAAUGGACAUUGUCUCCCAGGGAUACAAAAUAGACUUCAAAUCUUUUCCUCCCAGAGGCAGGUUUCUCCUCUCCAGAUUAUCUGUAGACCAGAUAAAAAGAGAGGCGUUCUUACGUUGUGUCAAGGACCUUGCUGCCCUGUAGGUAAUAGUUCCAGUUCCCUUUCUGGGAUUUUACUCUUAUCUGUUCAAUGUUCCCAAAAAGGAGGGAACUUUUCAACCAAUCCUAGAUCUAAAAUGUUUAAACAAGUUUCUCAGAGUGCCAUCCUUCAAGAUGGAGACUAUACGCUCCAUUCUUCCCUUGGUACAAGAGGGUCAGUUUAUGACAACCAUAGACCUAAAGGAUGCAUACCUUCAUGUUCCCAUUCACAGGGACCAUCAUAAGUUUCUGAGAUUCGCCUUUUUGGACAAUCAUUUCCAGUUUGUGGCCCUUCCAUUUGGCCUUGCCACAGCUCCCAGAAUUUUUUCAAAGGUUCUGGGGGCUCUUUUAGCUGUGCUUCGAUCUCGGGGCAUUGCAGUGGCACCUUAUCUGGACGACAUUCUGGUUCAGGCACCAUCUUUUCAACAAGCAGAAUCUCAUAUGGAGAUCUUGUUGUCUUUUCCUCAAUCCCACGGAUGGAAGGUGAAUCGGGAAAAAAGAUAAAGAGAGAUUUUCGACUCUUGUCUUUCCCUUCAGUCCUCUCCACGGCCAUCAGUAACUCAAUGUAUGGUCGUAAUCGGUUUGAUGGUGGCUUCCAUGGACAUCAUUCUAUUUGUUCUGUUCCAUCUCAGACCUCUGCAGUUAUGCAGGUUCAGACAAUGGAACGGGAUCUAUACGGACCUGUCUCCGCGUGUAGAUCUAGAUUAGGCGUCAAUAGACUCUCUUCCAUAGUGGCUUUCUCAGGAUCGUCUCUACCAGGGUACUUGCUUCCACAGACCCUCCUGGGUGAUUGUGACCACGUAUGCCAGCCUUCUAGGUUGGGGAGCAGUAUGGGGCUUGUUGAAGGCUCACGGCUUAUGGACCCAGGACAAGUCAGUCCUGCCCAUAAAUAUCUUGGAGCUGAGAGCAAUUUUCAAUGCUCUUCUGGCCUGGCCUCAGUUAGCCUUAGCAUGGUUUAUCAGAUUCCAGUCAGACAACAUAACCUCUGUGGCCUGCAUCAACCACCAGGGGGGAACUCAGAGUUCCUUGGCCAUGACAGAGGUGGCCCAAAUUAUUCAGUGGGCGGAGACCCACAACUGCUGUCUUUCUGCGAUCCACAUCCCAGGAGUGGACAAUUGGGAAGCGGAUUUUCUGAGCAGGCAGACAUUUCAUCCCGGGGAGUGGGAACUUCAUUCGGAUAUGUUUUCCAGCUUGAUCCUCAAGUGGGGGCAGCCGGAGUUUGAUCUCAUGGCUUCCCAUCAGAAUGCCAAACGUUUGAGAUAUGGCUCGAGGUCAAGAGAUCCGCAGGUAUUUCUGAUCGAUGCUCUGACAGUUCCUUGGAACUUCAGUCUAGCAUACCUGUUUCCUCCGUUUGCUCUGCUUCCAAGAGUCAUUGCUUGAAUCAAGCAGGAGAGGGCAUCUGUAAUUCUCAUAGCCCUGGCGUGGCCUUGCAGGAUUUGGUAUGCAUACCUAGUGGAAAUGUCAUCAUUUCCACCUUGGAGACUGCCUCUUAGGAAGGACCUUCUACUUCAGGGUCCCUUCCCUCAUCCAAAUCUUGUUUCUCUGAAGCUGACUGCUUGGAGAUUGAACGCUUAGUUUUAUCUAAGCGUGGAGUUUCAGAGUCGGUCAUUGAGACCUUGAUUCAGGCUCGUAAGCCUGUGACUCGCAUGAUUUACCAUAAGAAAUGGCAUAAUACUUGUAUUUAUGUGAAUCUAAAGGAUACUCUUGGAGUAGAGUAAGGAUUCCUAGGAUUUUGUUCUUUCUCCAGGAUGGUCUGGAGAAAGGUUUGUCGGCGAGUACUCUAAAGAGUCAGAUUUCAGCAUUGUCUAUUUUGUUACAUAAGCGCUUGGCGGAUGUGCGAGAUGUUCAAUUGUUUUGUCAGGCCUUGGUUAGAAUUCGCCCUGUGUUUAAACCUGUUACUCCUCCAUGGAUUCUUAACCUUGUUCUUAAAGUUUUCCAACAGGCUCCGUUUGAGCCUAUGCAUUCUUUAGAUAUUAAGAUGUUAUCUUGGAAAGUUUUUUUUUCUUGUUGCUAUUUCCUCUGCUCAGAGAGUUUCUGAACUCUCUGCUUUACAGUGUGAUUCCCCUUAUCUUAUAUUUCACUCUGAUAAGGUGGUUUCUGCAUACUAAGUUUGGUUUCCUGCACAAAGAAUAUUAAUCAGAAAAUCGUUGAACCUUCUUUGUUUCCUAAUCCUUCUUCUCACAAAGAAUGCUUGUUGCAUAAUCUGGAUGUUGUGCGAGCGCUAAAAUUUUUAUUUGCAGGCAACUAAGGACUUUCGUCAGUCUUCUGCAUUGUUUGUUUGCUUUUCUGGGAAACGCAAGGGUCAGAAAGCUACGACUACUUUACUUUCCUUUUGGCUGAAGAGCGUUAUUUGCUUGGCAUAUGAGGCUCCUGAGAAAAUCACAGCUCAUUCCACAAGGGCUGUUUCAUCUUCAUGGGCCUUCAAAAAUGAAGCUUCUGUGGAACAGAUUUGCAAGGCUGCAACUUUGUUAUCUUUGCACACUUUUUCCAAAUUCUAUAAAUUCGAUACUUUUGCCUCGGCUGAGGCUUCUUUUGGGAGAAAGGUUCUUCAAGCAGUGUGGUGCCUUCUGUUUAGGUUCCUGUCUUGUCCCUUCCUUAUCAUCUGUGUCCUCUGGCUUGGGUAUUGGUUCCCAACAGUAAUUGAUGAAGAUCUGUGGACUCACUGUGUCAUUAGAAAGAAAACAAAAUGUAUGCUUACCUGAUAAAUUUAUUUAUUUCUUGACACAGUCAGUCCAUGGCCCGCCCUGUAUUCAGACAGUUUCUAGACAGUUUCUUUUUAUAUAAACCUCAGGCACCUCUGCACCUUGUGUUACUUCCUUUCUCUCCUUUCCCUUUGGUCGAAUGACUGGGGGAUUGUGGGUAGGGGAGUGAUAUUUAACAGCUUUGCUGUGGUGCUCUUUGCUUCCUCCUGCUGGCCAGGAGUGAUAUUCCCAACAGUAAUUGAUGAUGAUCCGGGGACUCACCGUGUCAAGAAAUAAAUACAUUUAUCAGUUAAGCAUAAAUUUUGUUUUUCAUGAAAUGCAUGCAUGGCAAUAUGAUUCUUAUUUAUUGCAAGUAGAUAAUUUGCACAGGAACAACAAGUAUCAUUUUCUACAGGCUUUAGCCAUGAAUUUUAUUCAGUUGAAAUGAGUUUAACACACACACACACAUAUAUAUAUAUAUAUAUAUAUAUAUAUAUAUAUAUAUAUAUGUGUGCAUUUGUGAUUGGUUGAUGGCUGUCACAUGAUACAGGAGUAGAAGAAAUAGAUAUAACUUUGAAAUUUGUCAGAAAAAAAUCUACUACUCAUUUGAAGUUCCGACUAAGUGCUACUGCAUUGUCUUUUUUUCUUGAAUUUGUUCGUUGUCCAAAUCUACUGUAUUUACUGGUCUUUUACGAAUACUAUUCUUGUAGACAUAACUGAUGUUUGUUUAUAGCAUGUUUUACUUUGUACACUUUUUUUCUUUAUCACUUUUUCAUUUUAAUGGUAAUAAAUGUUAUUUGGCAUAUUGCAAAUAUCUGAGGCAAAACAACUGCACAUUUUUUUGUCAUGCUUUAGUAUAUUUGUAUAAAUAUAGCAGAACACAAUAUUUACUUAACAUGUAAAGAAACUGUGCAUUAUUUGUUUUAAACUUUUUCGUUGCAAAAACUGGUUUUAAUAUUGGUAAAAGAUCUUAUCUAAUUAAACAGGAAAGUCAUUUUUUAUUACAAAAUAAGUUUACUAUUUCUGUUUAUAGCAUUGUGAUGAUUUAAUGAAUGCUGUUUUUGUGUUCCUUGUAUGAUGGUAUACAGUGUUUUGCAGAAAGUGUGCUAUUUAUCAUAAUAUUAAAAUUGUAACAGACGCAAAGUAUUUGAUGACCAAAUGAAAAGACUGAAUUGUGAAUUUUUAUGAUCUGUGGACUAAGUAUUCAAUAAAAAAUAUCUCAUUUAUAGAAAUAAAACUGACCAUUAUGCAUCUGCAUCUGAA